CGCCCAGUGGCCUGGACUUGAACUUGGCCGACCAAGCUGAGUUCGCACCUAACAAGCAAGUAUUGAGUAGUUGAGAGAUUUGGAGCAUAGCCAGGCUUAUACCGAUUCCGCUAGGUUCCGAUCUCAGAUGGAGAGGCUUUACAUGGGCCCGCUCCUUGGAGUACUAGCCGGUAUAAAGCACAUCUCGAGAAUACGUUCCUGGCUUGAACCGCGGAGGACGGGUGCAUUUUGUGCGGUGUACUUUGUGCUAUGGUACUUUAACAUGCUCGUCGCAGGGUUUAUCGCCACAGCAAUGGUACUCUGCGUUUCGCCGAGAGCCCGUACAAUACUGUUCCCCCCUGCGCCGAUGGCGCUCACAGACACGGCAACCGGGGGUUUGACAAAGCCUCAUGCAGGCGUCCUCGGCUCAACGGACGCUGUGACAGGCGCGCCGGAGAAUGUCAAGGGGGAAGCGGUCGAGAAUGAAGCCAGCAACUUCGUGACCGGUGUCGUGGGGAUUGCAGUGAACACGCUUACCGCGCAAGACCCCAAGGAUGAACCGGAAAAUGAAAAAGGGGAGAGCCACCUUACCGAUGACAUGCCGCAGCCCAAUGAGGCGACGACACUGUUUGCUGUCGCCAAGGACAAAGCUGCCGGUGUAAGUGAACCCUCACAUGACAAGACGAAGUAAGUCAAGACCUGGUCCAGCAGAAC